AAUAUAGCAACGGGCAAACCGGGAAACCGCAUCGUCGUUUUACAGAAAGUGUAAAGAGAAGGACGAGAGAAGUUGGGGGUUCCCGUAAAAGGGGUAAGAAAGUAAUUAAGAUCUCUUUCAGUUCCUAACAGACAGAUUCUGGAAAGCAAAAGGCAACAAACAAAACACAAAGGGGAGAAAGAAAAAAAACACCAAACCACCUUUUUUCUUUUUCAUUCGUUCCUUUCUUCUUCUUCGCGACUUCUGUCGGGGACAAAAAAAAAAAAAAAAACCUCUCCGCAACCGCAUUCUCAGAAGACCUAAUGACUGACCCAGAGCAGAGAUUAACCGCAUUGAAGAAGGCUUACGCGGAUACGAUACUGAACACGGCCAAGGAAGCGGCGGCACGUGUGAUGGUUUCGGAGAGGAGGGCUCGUGGGUAUCAGCAGGAGCUUGUGGCGGUUAGAGACGAGGCUCUUCGUACUUGUCUAAGGCUUAAGCAGAUGUAUGAUUCCAAGGUCAAAGAGGCAGAGAUGAUGUCUUUAAGCAAGCAGCAAAAGAUUGAAGAACUUGAAGCUCAACUCGGAGAAGCUGAAGAUAUAGUUGGAGAGCUAAGGAUGGAGCUGCGAGAGUCUCGAUACCAGCUUGAGAAAUUGAUAAAUAGUCAUCAAAGCAACGAGGAGGAAAACAAGCCAAUAAAUGAAGUGGUUUCUUUAGCGUGUGAGGACUCUAGUAACCACGAGAGAACGGUUGUGGCUAGUGGGAUCAUCAAACCACAUUCGAGCGACAGAGAUAUGAGUAUCAACAGGUGUUCUUAUAAAGAGAAUAAAGAUCCUUGCAACCAUACUCUUCCUUCCAUACUGACCAGACGCAGAGAUGCUGAUGCGUUAGAAAAAGGAGAUUGUCCUAAUGCGGAAGAGAAGGAGCUACUGACUACAUCUUUGUCGCCUUCAGAGAAAGAGUAUGUCCAGUUCACAGUCAAGAGGAAGCGUAAGAAGGAUGAAAGAAGCGGCAGCAUUAGCCCUGAAGGAGGAAGCUCCUCCUCGCAAGAAGACGAUGAGAGCAGAAACAGAAGACAAAAGACUGGAGAGAAAGACAAUGUGUACUUGGACUCCUUCAACACUGAAUCAUCAUCUCGUGAUAGUCGUCGUGUUGCUCAGGUCGCUCGUCAGCUUUUACCAUUCACAGAGAAGAUACUGUCGCAGGAGAACCAAAGUGAUGAUGUUUCUUGAGUCGCAAGUAAUCAUGGAAGGUCCUAUUCUAUCAUCAGUUGCAUUUGAUCUCUCUGAAUGGUUGAUUAGCGAAGUUAGCUGAAGUAGUAAGAUUGUUAACAUCAAUACACAUUGUCAGCUUAUAGACUAAUGGAAAAGGCUAGUUUUGAGUCGUUUA